AUGCAACAGGCGAGCGCAAGAACGGAGGAUGAACAAGUGCCAAUAAGUUCUUCUGAUAUUUUAAAUGCUUGGUUUGCUCUUGUUGAUGUUGCUUUGGCUGAUGUGAAAACAGAACUUGGUUUAACGUGGAGUAUUUUCAACCCUUCUCCUCACAAUGGAGGGUGUAGUUUUGACUCGACCAAUCCUUCUGUUGUUUCUGUUAAAAAAAACUCAAAUCAUCAUCAACAGUCAUUCUUCGAAUUUCAACCAGAAUCCAAACAAAGAAAACAAAAGAAGUCCUUGUCACCCUUGACCUUUGUGAAUUAUUUCAACUCUUCACAAGAUUUCAUUCAACCAUCACUCUAUGAAAGAGAACAUCCUAAUCCAAAACUCUUUUUUCUCAACCUGUAG